UGGCGGCCCCUUUAAGGCGUCGGGGGGGCGAGCGGGCGCGCGGCUGACGAGCGUGCUCCCCGCCCAAUGGCGUCGCGCGGUGGGCGGUGCCGGACCAAUAGGAGCAAGGGGGGCGGGGCCUGAGCCCGCGCGUUCGCGGGCCAGGUUGCUCCGCCGCCAUGGCGUCCAGCGGGGAGGAAGCGAGGAGCGGCUCCCCGGGCCGGGCGGGCACCGGCACCGAGGCGGCGGCGGCGGACGCGGCUCAGCUGGACACGGCGGAGGAUUUCGAGGUGCUGGAAGAGGACGAGGAGGAGGAGGAUGAGGAUGACCUGAGCGAGCUGCCCCCGCUGGAGGACGUGGCCCGGCCGCCGGCCCCGCCGCGGGAGGACGCGCAGCCCCCGGAGCGGGGCGCGGGGGACGCGGCCGGGGACCCCGAGGAGUGGCUCGAUGUUUUGGGGAAUGGUUUGCUCAAGAAGAAGACGCUGGUGGCGGGCCAGGGUGUGGAGAGCCGUCCCCAGAAGGGCCAGGACGUGACAAUCCGCCUGAAGGCCACGCUGGAGGAUGGCACCGUGGUGGAAGAGGAGCCUGCCCUCACCUUCACGCUGGGGGACUGCGAUGUCCUGCAGGCUCUGGACCUGUGUGUGCAGCUCCUGGAGAUGGGCGAGACGGCUUUGAUCGUGUCAGACGCCAAGUACUGCUACGGAGCUCAGGGCAGGAGCCCCGACGUCCCCCCCGACGCGUCCCUCACGCUGGAGGUGGAGCUGCUGGCGGCUCGGGACGCGCCGGACCUGGAGCUGCUCAGCGGGAAGGAGAAGAUCCAGCUGGCCAACCGCAAACGGGAGCGCGGCAACUUCUUCUACCAGCAGGCAGAUUACGUGCUGGCCAUCAACUCCUACGACAUUGCCCUCAGGAUUGUGGGCUCCAGCUCCAAAGUGGAUUUCAGCCCGGACGAGGAGGCCGAGCUGCUGGACGUGAAGGUGAAGUGUCUCAACAACCUGGCGGCCUCGCAGCUGAAGUUGGACCAUUUCAAGGCAGCUCUCAAGUCCUGUAACCUCGUGCUGGAGCACCAGCCGGGGAACAUCAAGGCUCUCUUCCGCAAGGGGAAGGUGCUGGCUCAGCAGGGGGAGUACAGAGAGGCCAUUCCCAUCCUGAAGGCAGCGUUGAAGCUGGAGCCUUCCAACAAGACCAUCCACGCCGAGCUCUCCAAGCUGGUGAAGAAGCACGCGGACCAGAGGAACGUGGAGACGGAGAUGUACAGGAAGAUGCUCGGGAAUCCCAGCGCCGCCAGCGCCCCCAGGAAGUGCAAAGACAAACUGCCCUGGUCCAUCCCCUGGAAGUGGCUCUUCGGCGCCACGGCCAUCGCGCUGGGCGGCGUGGCCUUGUCCGUGGUCAUCGCUGCCAGGAACUGAGCGUGGCGCUGGGGUGGCCCCUCGGCACAGGAGCGGUGCCAGGUCCCGCCCGUCGCUGCCGAGGGGCUCCCCCGAGGCUCUGCCACCCCUUCCCGGGACUCGCGGCUCCAGCAGCACGGAUGCUUGCUCUGCCGGAGGUGCCGGAUCUCUCUCCCGGCGUUCCCCACAUCCCUCCCGGCACGGGUGGGUGCCGGCAGAGCAGGGACCCCCAGGCAGCCUCCUGGCAUUCAGGGGCUCGGCCCCCAGCCCCGAGGGUGUUGGGGGCAGCGGGAGCUGCCUCUCUCCGGUACAUCCUGGCCGUGCCCAUCCCGGGCGUUGUGGUCCUGCUGCCAGGGCAGGAUGGGCAGGGGGUGGCGUGGAGAAGGAAGCUGUUGGAAGCGAUGUGGAUGUGCCCAGGGGGAAAUGCGGCGACAUUCCCUGAUUCCUGGGGGCUGCCAGGGACUCGGCCCUCCCGGAGGUACCCGCUGCCCUCCUCCGCACAUCCCCGGAGCGUGCAAUGUCCAAAGGAAGCCAAAGAAACCCGCGGUGGGAGGGAUGGAGGAGGGGAGCGCUGGAGACCCCCUGUCCAGGCUGUCUUCCUGUGGGUCCAAGCCCGUCGGGGGGUUCCUCCCUGCCCUGCAGCCCCCCCAGCGCCUGCCCAGCCUCAGCUCUGCUCAUGGGGGGGUUGUAGCACUGUCCUUGCACCCCAAACUGACUGUGAACUUCCCAAAUAAAGGACAAUUCCUUCACA